AUGUCCAACAACUACAACAACGAUCAACCUCUUCCCUUUGGUGCUGCUAUGGCUCGUGAUGGCGCUGAGCCCAUGAACGUCGACUCUGACAACCAUGGCAACAACCAAGGCAACAACAACUCUGCUCCUGCCCCUGAGGGAUCAAGCCAAUCUGGUUCAGGUGAAACCUCUGUUUCUCAAACCACCGCUGGCUCAUCUGCACCUGAAAAGGUGCAUACCGGUUCCACUGAGAAACAUCCUCAACAAAUUUUUUCACCUCUGGACCAACCAGGUGCUCCUGCUCCCAUCACUGGUCUCCAUGUGGAUGGCUCCAACUUGCAAGAAGGCUUUGAGGAAGCUGUGCUUGUAGCACAACAACGUGUGCUAGCUCUGUCCAUUGAGCAAUCCAAGCACCAAGUCAGCUCCCAGCGCGAUCAGGUGACCCGCAUCCGUGCCAACUUGGUCGAUGCACAAGUGCAUUUGGAAUCAUUGUUGCGCACCAAGCGUCUUAUGGAGCAAUUCCAGCAACAAGUUGCUGCCCCUACACCAUCACCAUCAUUGUCUAGUGCUUCGUCUGAAAGCUCAACAGCUUCAACAAGUGCUAGUACCACCAAUGAUGCCACCUACAAGAGUGGUAAGCUUCCUGUACCUCACAACAUGCCAUGGUUACAAAUCGAGGGCCACCACAAGCACAACAUCAACAAGUCCAAAGAUGUUCAUUCAACCAUCGAUCGUUACAUACAACGUUUUGAUGCGGUCCUCAGUGGUUAUGGUAUGAUCAAGGAUGAGAAUUGGGAGCGUUUAUUAUCCAUGCACAUUCUUGAAGAAGAUUUCUCUUGGUUUGAGGAUACUCUAGCUGAUCGCCACUUACCUUGGUGUGAAGCCAAAGAGAUUAUCCGAUCCCAUUUUGGUUCCUCUCUCUCCCGCCAAAAGAUGUCGGCUAAGGUGUGGACCCUCAACAUGCGCAAGACCGAGACCUUCCGUGCUUACGAAAAACGCUUUCGUACUGCUCGUCGUGCUGGUGGUGUCCCUGACAACAAUGCUUUGGCGAUGAAGUUCCUUGGCUCCUUGAGCAAAUCCUUGAGGGUCGAGAUUCAAACCAUCUUUCGCCGUCAAAACAUCACACCCAACAGCAUCACCGACGUGGCAAAUCAAGCACGUGACAUUGCUGAUGACUUCUCGGAUGAGUCGGCUAGUGAUGAUGAUCGUGGUCGUCCUUCCCGUUCCUCUCGUCGCUCUCGUCGUUCUCGCUCAUCAUCACCAUCAAGAUCUGCUUCUCCUGUUCGUCGUCGUGGCCCCAAGAAACAGCCAAAAAAUGAUGAUGACAACCCUCACAGCAUCAAGGGCUGCAAGUACCAUGGCGCCAAGGCUCACCACACCACUGAGGUGUGCAACCAGAAGGGCUUGAAAAAGCCAUACAAACCUUCUGCUUCUUUACUUGCCUCCAAACAUGCACCAUCCUCAUCAAGCAAACCUUCAAGCACACCUUGCUGGCACUGUGGCGAACCUUUUGACUAUGGUCACUUGGCUGUUUGCAAGGCCUCCAAGGGCAAGGGCAAGGCAACUGGUGAGCGUGUGGUACGUGCAUUGCGUCCUGCUUCCAACAGCAAGGACAAACAACCUGCUCCCGCCGCAUCUGAAUCGGAUGGCUCUGACGAUGAUAUGGACAUUGAUCAGAAGGCACAAGGUAAGCAGCUAAUCAAUACACAACAUGAUGAUCCCAAUACAAUUUACUUACCAAUCCUCUUGCAGAAUGAUCACAAGAUUAGUGGUAUCCUUGAUACGGGCGCAACCAUUAGUACGCUUUCCACACUUGUUUGCAAUAAAAUUGGUUGUUCAGUAAAUUUGCCGUCUGUUCAUGUAAAGGCUGUUGGGAAGAAUAAUUAUGUUAAUGUACAAGGUGAAACUGAACCCCUUGUCAUCCGCUGUAACAAACGUACCAUUAGGCAUUCCUUCGCUGUUGUUGAUACUGAAGAGCCGAUGCUUGUUGGCAGUGACUUGUAUAGCAAACUUGGCAUUUACAUUGGAGGACUACCAUAUUCUUUUGAUGAGGAUAAUGACUCCGAUAUUGAGGAAGAGAUUGGCUACAUUGAUGUACCCAAUAACUCACCUGCUGGUAACAGCUUAGAGCGUGCUCUUCUUGAACGCACCUUGAAACCGCUCAUUGAGGCUAAUCAGCAAAUUCCUAAGAACGCCUUUUGCACCGUACCCGAAUCAAAGAUUUCACUUGACACCAUCGAUGAUGUUACCGAACGUGUUAAGUCAUACCCUGUGCCUAAAAAAUUGGAACCAUUGCUUGAUGAAACCGUCCAAAAAUGGUUGGAAGAUGGCAUCAUUACCUAUGCACCUGAUUUCACUGAGUGGCAUAGUCCCAUCACCUUCGCACCUAAAAAGGAUGUCACUGGCAAACACACUGGUGAGAAACGCCCUUGUUUGGAUCCUCGGCACUUGAACCGUCACUUGCGUGAUGACCAUUAUGAAUUACCUCUUAUCGAAGAAGUCUUUGAAACAUUGAGUGGUGCAUCCAUUUUCUCCACGCUCGAUCUUAAAAGUGCUUUUCACCGAUUCGAGAUUGUCGAACACGAUCGACCAAAAACAACCUUCUCUGUACGCAAUAUCCAAUACAUGUUUGUUGGGUGUCCAUUUGGCCUCAAGCACAUCUCGGCUAAAUUCCAACGAGUCAUGUCAACCUUACUCAAGGACAUGCCUUUUGCCACUGCAUUCGUUGAUGAUAUCGUUAUCUUCUCGACGACCAUGGAUGAGCACAUUCCCCAUGUUGCAGCUGUCAUUAAAGCAUUGACCAAUGUUAAUCUCGUUUUGAACCCUGACAAAUGUCACUUUGCACAGAAGUCGGUUUACCUUCUUGGCUUUUGCGUGUCUGCUGACGGGCGUACACUGGAUCACCGUAAAGUUACAAACGUGCUUGAAUGGCCAGUGCCCAAAUCCAUUAAAGAGGUCCAGAGCUUCUUGGGUGUUGUCAAUUACUUUCAACAACACAUCCCCAAUCGAUCUCUUCUCAUGGCUCCUCUCAGCGCGUUGACCACCAAAAAAGUCUUGAAGCCAUCUGAUUGGACACCCUUGUGUCAAACUCGGUUCGAUCAAUUGAAAGAGCUUCUUACCAAAGU